ACAAGCGCAAGCAGCGGCCCCAGAGGAGACGUGAUACAUUAGCAUCUGUGUGUAUUAGCACUCCAGCUAAUCAGCCUUAUUUACACAACGCAUAAGUCGAUCGGUCUGGGUCAAUACAUCUGUUGAAUUGACGAGACAAUCAAAUGGCAGCCAAGAAGAAAGAUGCGAGUCUGCAGGCGUGUGUCACAAACCAAGAGCAGUGGGAGGAGAUGCUCGCCACCAAAGGUUUAACAGUUGUGGAUGUGAACCAGCAGUGGUGUGGUCCCUGUCGAGCUGUGGUCAGUCUGCUACGGAAGAUAAAGAACGAACUGGGUGAUGAUCUACUGCAUUUUGCCACAGCCGAGGCAGACAGCACUGAUGCUUUGGAGAGGUAUCGUGGGAAAUGUGAGCCCACCUUCCUCUUCUAUGGGGGGGGGGAGCUGGUGGCUGUGCUGCGAGGGGCCAACGCGCCUCUGCUCCAGAAGAUGAUUGUAGAGGAACUGGCCAAGGAGAAGAUGGUCCUGGAGCAAGGUGGUGAACGCAAAGUGGUUAAGGAUGAUGGUCUAUUGACUGAUGAGAAUACAGAAGAGGAGGAGACACCUCAGCUGUCAGAAUAUGAAGAAAGCAUAACUGUUCCUGUCAGUAAAUCCUACACAGUCACCAUCAUCAAACCAGAUGCUGUUGCUCACGGCAAAGCAAACGAGAUCAUUAUGAAGAUUCAAGAUGCUGGGUUUGAGAUCCUGGCCCACGAGGAGCGCACGCUGACUGAGGAUGAGGCUCGAGACUUUUACCAACACAAAGCAGCAGAGGAAUGCUUUCAGGACUUGGUGCAGUUUAUGUCCAGCGGUCCCUCCCAUAUUCUGGUGCUGUCUCAGGUCGAAGGCUCUGCCAAUGUCGUGCCAGCGUGGCGUGAGUUCAUCGGCCCAGCAGACGUCGAGGAAGCCAGGAGAGAAAAGCCAGAAAGCUUGCGGGCACAAUACGGCACACAGCCACUGUUCAAUGCAGUGCACGGCAGCGAGGACAGCGACCAGGCCAGCAGGGAGCUCGCCUUCUUCUUCCCCAACUUCAGGACGGCCUUGGUAACGGAGCAGGAUGGGGAGGAAGAGCGUGUGGAGAGGACGCUGGCUCUUAUCCGGCCUGACGUUGCCAGGGAGAACAGAGAAGACAUCCUGGCCCAAAUCCAGAAUUCAGGUUUCUCAGUGGCUCUUCAGAGAGAGGUGAUGUUGACAGAGGAGCAGGUCAGACAGUUUUACUUCCAACAUGUUGAGGAGGACUACUUUCCUGCACUGCUGAGAAGCAUGACCAGUGGGCCGGUGCUAGCUUUGGCUCUAGCCAGAACAGGGGCUGUAGACCACUGGAGGAGCAUCCUUGGUCCUGCUGACGUUAAGAAAGCUAAAGAGGAGAGUCCUGACUGUCUAAGGGCCCAGUUCACUGUGGAGAAUGAAACCAUCAACCAGCUGCACGGCAGUAGAAGCCAAGAAGAGGCAGAGCGAGAGAUCGACUUCUUCUUCCCCAAACAGAGGACGCUGGCAGUUAUCAAACCGGACGCCAUGGAGGAACACAAAGAAAAGAUUCUGGAGGAGAUCCAUGCUGGUGGCUUCUCUGUCACACAGCUGAAGGAGACGGUGCUGUCAAGGGAAAUGGCCGAGGAGUUUUACAGAGAGCACAGGGAGAAGCCUUUCUUCGGCCAGCUGGUGGAAUUCAUGUGUCGGGGGCCCUGCAUGAUGCUUCUCCUGACUAAGGAAAAUGCAGUGGAGGAGUGGAGGGCCAUGAUGGGCCCCACGGACCCUGACCAAGCUAAGGAGACUUACCCGGAUUCUCUGAGGGCCCGCUUUGCCUCCGACAUUCUCCACAACUCAGUCCACGGCGCCUCAAACGAGCAGCACGCAGCAGAGAAGAUCCGUUUCAUCUUCGGUGAAAUCUGCACAGAGGCAGAGAACAACACUGGUGAUGGACAGGGUGCCGGGACGAUUUCAGUCGAACAGGAAGACAGUUCUGCAGAAGAAAACACAGGAAUGUUACAAUCUCAGAGUGAAGAAAUGUCUGAAAACCAACAACAAGAAGCCGACCCACAAAGUUCAAAUCCUUGCAGUCCACAGAGAGGAGAGAAUGACGAUCCAGAGCGCUCAGCUUGAACUUAAUGUUUUCUUUUUUAUUAUUUUCGCAUCAUA